AGCGCCACGCCGUCCCGCUCCAGACAAGCAGCCAACCGUCCCGCCGGUACAAGUGGCCGCUUGCCCAAUUAGACACUCGCGGGGGGCUCGGCGGCAGCCAAUGUCCGCCGGCUGCAAGGCUGCCGACAAUCAGGAUAAACACGCGAGCAUCAUCAUCAUCAUCGCGCACUCGCAUCGUGAUUUUUGUCCCAUUGUCUGAGACGACACACGUACACGCGCGACUACUCGAGGUAAGCCGUCGCUUGUCACGAACUUGUUGGAUCGCGUCGGGUUGAGUGCAAGCCUUUACCGCGGAGCGCGUUGCCCGUGUUCUAAGGGAAAAUGGGGAAGGAUCCAAAGAAGCCGCGGGGCAAAAUGUCCUCUUAUGCCUACUUUGUGCAAACGUGCCGAGAGGAGCACAAGAAGAAGCAUCCUGAAGCCAGUGUCAACUUUGCAGAGUUCUCCAAGAAAUGCUCAGAGCGAUGGAAGACAAUGUCCCCGAAGGAGAAAGGCAAAUUUGAAGACAUGGCCAAGCAGGACAAGGUGCGCUAUGAGGCCGAGAUGAAGAACUACAUCCCCCCCAAGGGACAAAAGAUGAAGCGCUUCAAGGACCCAAAUGCUCCCAAGAGACCCCCGUCGGCCUUCUUCCUAUUCUGCGCCGACUUCCGCCCGAAGGUGAAAGGCGAGCACCCGGGGCUGUCCAUCGGCGACACGGCCAAGAAGCUGGGGGAGAUGUGGAACGGCUCGUCCAUGGAGGACAAGCAGCCCUACGAGAAGAAGGCGGCCAAGCUGAAGGAGAAGUACGACAAGGAUAUCGUGGCCUAUCGCACCAAGGGCAAAGUGGAUUCCAGCUCAGCGGCUGCAGCGGCGGCGGCGGUGGCGGACGAUGACGAGGAGGAGGAUGAGGAAGAGGAGGGAGACGACGAUGAAGACGAGGAGGAUGAUGAUGAGUAGGCGAGGGAGACGGGAGGGGAGGAAGAAAGUGGGGGAGGGACCUGAAUUUUGUCCAUGCCAGAUAACCAACCACAAUGUACUCAAGCCACCAUGUUGACGUCCAGAUGGAACAUGUGUAUAUUUAAUGUUUUUAAGAUGUACUGUACAGUGUUGAGGAAAAAACAAACGCCACAUAUCUUCCCUUUUGGGGACUUUUCUUGUGCUUGUUUUUUCUCCCCCCGCCAGCAGGACAGUAUUAAGUCCGCUGCAGGUGUUCCCUCUCGCUCGGAAAUGAGAUUUCCCAGUUUUGAUUGUAAGGUCUUGUUUUUAUUUUGAAAAGUCUUCUUUUCCACGUGCCAUCCUCCCUGUCAUUUUUUUAUUUUGUUGGAAUCCCACCAAAAUAUCAACAAAGUGCAGCUGUCGACAUUCAAGAAUGUCCUGUCGUAAAAUAAAUGUUUUUCUGUUGUU